AUGCAGCCGUCCCUCACUCCAGACAAGCAGGUGGCUAUUGCCAUCAUGAACCUCACUACUGACAGUUCCUGCUAUGUUGCCAACCAGUUCAGUGUAGGGAAGUAUAACAGAGAACCUGGGGCUCUCUGUUCCUUUAAGCAACAGCUAGACCCCAGCAACGCCAUUGGCAUCGCCAACUUUGCUGAGCAGAUUGACUGCAGCGAGCUGCAUCAACGGGCACGGGAGUACAUCUACAGGCACUUUGCGGAGGUGGCAAAGCAGGAGGAGUUCUUCAACCUGUCGCACUGUCAGCUGGUGACGCUGAUCAGCCGGGAUGAGCUGAACGUGCGCUGUGAGUCUGAGGUCUUCCAUGCCUGCAUUGACUGGGUGCGCUACGACUGUGCCAGCCGGCGCCCCUAUGUGCAGGCGCUACUGAGGGCUGUACGCUGCCACGCGCUCAGCCCUGGCUUCCUACAACUACAGCUUCGCGAGUGUGAGGUGCUGCAGGGUGACACGCGCUGCCAGGACUACCUGGCCCAGAUCUUCCAGGACCUGACACUGCACAAGCCCACACAGCGCCUGCCCAGCCGGACGCCCAAGGUGGGCCAGCUUAUCUACGCGGCCGGUGGCUAUUAUCGCCAGUCCCUUGGCUUCCUGGAAGCCUACAACCCCCAUGAUGGUGCCUGGCUGCGGCUGGCCGACUUGGAGGUGCCUCGCAGCGGGCUGGCUAGCUGUGCUGUGGGGGGGCUCCUGUACGCCGUGGGCGGGCGCAACAACUCGCCUGAUGGCAACACAGACUCAGGUGCCCUUGACUGUUACAACCCCAUGACUAACCAGUGGUCGCCCUGUGCCCCCAUGAGCGUUCCCCGCAACCGCAUCGGUGUCGGCGUCAUCGACGGCCUCAUCUACGCUGUUGGCGGCUCCCACGGCUGUGUCCACCAUGACAGCGUCGAGAGGUCAGGGCAGUCCUGGUCCCAGCCCAACUUCAGAGCUGCCAGUGGGCCCUGGGGUUGGGAGCUGAGGACCUGACUUGGGGAAGGAGGGACAGGGGCAAGGGGAGCCAAGUAUCCAGGUGCAGGAGAGAGAAGGCAGGGAGCAAGCUGUCCUGGCCUAGGGAAGCAGGGACAGAGGUGGAGGGGAGCCAGGUGUCCAGCUGCUGGAGUGGGGGAAAACCAGGGGUCCUGGUGGGAGUGAAGGAGCAAGGCAUCUGGGUACUCAAGGGGG